CGGGACAGUUGCGGACAUUAUUUGACAUGACACCGAAACCGCGUGCGUAGUUGAGCAUCACGACUGGCGCGCUUUAUUAUCGCAUCAAGAAAUUGUGACAAAUUGGGUAGAAAUAUUCAUCCCAAACUGCCCUUCAUUGGCCCACAAGGUAUGCUUAGCAGAAGUAACGUUGGGUAUAGUAUUUCUCAGCAACAAAGAACGCAGAAUGUCGUACGGAGAUCAAGACAGCUCUAAGGUGUACGUGGGCAACUUGUCCUUUCAGACGCAGGAUGAGGACCUCCAGGGUAUCUUCGGCGAGUAUGGCUCAGUGACCGAAUGUAUCAUUAUCAUGGACAGAGAAACUGGUCGUAGUCGUGGCUUUGGUUUUGUGACAUUUGAGAAGCAAAAUGAGGCUCAGAAAGCUAUUGAUGGCCUAGAUGGUCAGGAGGUUGAUGGAAGAACCAUCAAGGUCAAUAUGGCUAGGCAGAGACGUGAUGGUGGUGGCGGCGGUGGCGGUGGCGGUGGCGGUGGUGGUUAUCGUCCCCGUGGUGGGCGUGGUGGAGGUGGAGCUGGUGGUGGCUACAGACAGGGAGGUUAUGGCGGCUACGGUGGUUAUUAGCUGACCGCAUCUCAGCGACAUCAAGAAAGAUGUGAUGAGCACAGACGGUACUUGCUUUGCACUCUCAUCUCUCGCACUCUUCAAAUGAGGAGUGUCGAAAGUGUACGGCCAGUGAUUUCUCAUUAAUAUCAAGGGAUUUUCCUUGUGCAGACUUAAUCUUUUCAUGCCCUUAGUCAGCAAACUCGUAUCCACCAAAAAAAGGAAGCGGAACUACAAAUUUCGCCUCCAGUUCUUGACUCUUAAAAAAACAAGUAGGAGAUUCUCGAAGACAAGAUGUGAUAUGAUUGUAAUAGUAGAAACCACUAAUCAGUGAAUGGUUGCCUGUGAGUUAUUUUCGUGUAGUUUUAAAACCAUCCUCUUAGAAUUGAUUGGUUUGUACUUUUUGUUUGAUCAGAACACCUGUGUAGGUGGGUUUUUUUUUAAUUUGUAGGCCGAGACACUCUUUGUUUGAUUAUAUGAGUAAUGGUACAACUUUUCUAUUUUCCCGUCAUUUUUUUUGCUUCCUACCUGCUUAAUCUCAUGUCAGCGUUUGUACUCGAAGUCCAUCACAAGUCGCAGUCGGCAGUAACGCGAUGAACAACGACAAGGGAAGGCUUUUGUAACGGUUCACUUGCAUAGCUAGUGACUUGACUCAAGGCUGACGGACUUAUGAUGGACUUCGACUACAACACUGUCUCGUGUCUCUUCUCUUGCAUAGAUGUUCUUGAAAUUCCAUUUGCAACUGACCUGAUUAAUUAAUGCUCAUACCAAAACUGAAUUGUUAUUAUUAUUUUUUUUUAUUAUUAUUAUUUUUUUUUUUUUGGUGACUGCAGAAAUUUUUUAUGACAAGUGUGAAUUUCUUAACUGUGUAUGGCCUUACUUUCUCUGUUGUGUAAAAAAAACAUCGGUUGUGUUAUGUCGAAGGUACAGUCCGUAGUUUCAUGGGUCUUGAAAGGUCAUAUACUGUGCAAGUGUUGGUUAAACAUGUAUUGUGUUUUGGAUACUGUCAUUUGAUUGGUCUAGGGAGGUUCAAGCAUCAUGUUCAUAAUGACUUUAUAUCGUAGUUGACGUCACUCAAAUACCACUUCCCAGCACUUGGCGUAUAGUGUUUGGUGUAGCAUAGCUGUUUGGAGGGUAUUUCUGCUCCACAGAUUCUCAAAAAAAAAAUUCAUUGCCAACAGCAGGAAGACUCGCAGAAAUCAAAGGUUACAUUGGGACGAUUCAAAUCAUUUCUUGUCGAGUCGGAUUAAGUCGAACUUUUUAUAUAGUUUGGAUUUCCUGUAAGCUGUACAUAAAGGUUUUAAUUAUUGCAGUCGGUGUCGUAGACUUCACUAAAAAUAUCUCUGAUAAGGAUACCUUACCACAGUAGAAAACGGUUCUCUUCUCACGCACGGUCUUCAUAUAAUAUUUAAUCGGUUUCAUGAAAAAUACCAUCGUUACUUUACUGUGUAUGAAAAAAAAAUUGGUACGGAUUCUGGCACUUUGAAAGUACGCUGUAGUUAUUCCCCCCGUCGUAUUUAGAUACAAUUUAGAUAAACUUUGUAAUUUGUGUUCAGAGGCAAGCUAAUAAACUGUUUCAGUUGAAACAUUUGAAGAUAACUGAA